CUUAGAGGUUUUUGCCUUUGGUUUGUUAUGAGCAGAAAAUAUGCAAUCUUUGGGACAAGAUUCGCUUUGUGUCUGAUACAAAAACAGCCAUUCCAACAUACGGGGGUUAUUUAUAUCAGGGCUUUUGUGAGUGGUUCAUUGACAGAGUUGCCCCAAGGCGAUGAAUGCCAUCUAUGUUUUGUUACCAGGUUAAAAUGUGUGCACGAUGUAUGCACACGCGUGCGUUUUUAAAUACAAAGUGAAGGCUGCUGUAAUGAUAUGAUGAGUUUUAUCAGUGCGUUCCUUUUUGUUUAACCGUGAUGUCUGUAGGGCUUAUGAUGAUGCAUUUUCUUCCUUAUUUGUUUUGGAAAUGGGCCAUAAAGACAGGCUUUUCUAAUAAUGACUGUAUUCAAACAUGCAAAUAUGCAAUGCGUGGAUAUUUUCAUGACCCAAAUUCUCUUGUAAUAUUUUAUUACAACAUUGUUGCAAAUUAAUUGAAAUGACUGAGUGUUUUCCUCAGCAUCUAAAUCAACAAUCACUCUUGACAGACGUUUUCAUGCCCAGCAGCUGAUAAAAACGAAAAGCUCUGUUUGGGGUUGCGCCCAUUUUCAAAGUGUCUGGGCAAUUUUCUGCGCGUCAUUUGGAACAGAAGGGGGAAAGAAACAUCUCCAAUGGCUCCCCAGCACGCACCAAGCGCACCAAGUCUGCGCUCCCGUCUGGCACCUUUACUAUUUUUGCUGCAGACAGGGUUCAUCAUCAUAUAUGCUUUUUUUGUUGAAGUCGACAGCAAUGUAAAAGUAGAUGUGGAAACCUUCAGUGACUUCUAUGCAGAGUUCCAGGAUGUGAAUGUGAUGGUGAUUCUAGGUUUUGGCUUCUUGUGCACUUUUCUGGUGCGGUAUGGUUUCAGUGGCUCAGGGUUCAACCUCCUAGUGGCUGUCAUGGCUACUCAAUGGGCAAUCAUACUGAAUGGUAUUGAGUCCUGGUAUUACGGAGGAAAGAUCAGGAUAAAUCUGAGAAGCCUGGUGGUUGCUGAGAUGUGCACUGCCUCUGUCCUCAUUUCAAUGGGAACCAUGCUGGGGAAGACCAACCCAGUCCACCUCAUCAUUAUUGCCCUGCUGGAGGUGUCAGGGUUCAUCGUGAAUGAGUGGGUCCUCCAGACUCUCCUAAAAGUCCGGCCUCUGGACACCAUCAUGCUGCUCCAUGUCUUUGGGGCCUUCUUUGGGCUCAUGUUGACAUGGAUCCUUUACCGGAAAGGCUCAGAGCAGCGACUUGAAAAAGAGAAAUUUGACAAGAAAACAGGAUUAUUCUCAAUGUUGGGGAGUGUGUUUCUCUGGAUGUUUUGGCCCACUUUUAACUCAGUCCUUGUGGAUGAUCGUACUCCUGGGAGGAAGCUGGGGGCCGUGUGCAGUACCUACCUGGCCCUGGCUGUUAGUGCUGUGACAGCUGCUGCCGUCUCUCUACUCUCACAUCCCAAGGGAAAACUGAACCUGAUCCACAUGCAGUCAUGCAUCCUUGCAGGUGGUGUCGCUGUCGGGGUUUCUAUGUCAGCAGUUCAUCAGCCGUGGGAAGCCAUGACUAUUGGAUUCUCUGCUGCCAUUUUAUCGACCAUUGGAUUCCAAUAUCUUAAGAUCCACAUGCUUCUUGCAUUUCAGUGCCAUGACACCUGUUCUACUCUGAGCACUCAUGGACUCCCUGGUCUACUGGGAUGGCUAUCACAUCUUCUCCUACAGAUCAAAGACAGUGAUGAUCACACAACGGCUAUCCGGUUUGCUGUGUUUCACAUUUGUACUCUCCUAAUCACCAUCACCAUAAGUUUGUCCACAGGAUUUGUUACAGGGUUGCUACUCAAGUGGAACUUCUGGAGACCCCCACAGAGCAAAAAAUGGUUUGAUGAUCAAGCUUUCUGGGAGUUUCCCCACAAUGCAGUGUGCAAGUAAGAAGAUGGAGAAAAAAGGAGAUCAAAUCAUUGAAGCAUUUUGGCAUUUAUUCAUGUCACUGUAUAUAUUCAUACAAUUAUUCUUACUUUUAUGAGAAGUAGUUACCAGAUGUUUUUGGUAUCAAUGAUAAGAAAAGAAGAUAAACUGUAGAAAGAAGAAUGUCACACUCAUUUACUGCUCAGUAUGUUUAAUGUUGCCAUGGCUGUCUGCAACAGGCCUGAUGGUUUGGGUGUUACACAAGCAAAAUGAAUAGGUGUCCUGCUUAAAUACAAAUCUCCAGUAUGGCAACAACACCCUACAGUUGUGAAAUCAUCAUUGGCUCCGGGUCAGCAGUACGAGAAAUUCAACAAUAAAUCUGAAUUACUGCAAAGUU